CAAGUUUGUACCGGACAAGAUGGUGUGUGACUGUGGUUCUCAGGACGUUCCUUGGGGGCUGAUCGUCUUGGGUAUCCUGAUUGGCUUAGCUAUCGUCGUCUGCUGGUUUGUGGUCAUUGUGAAGUCCAUUCGAAGUCAAAAACGGAAGAAUUACCAACUGCAACAAAUAACUUCAGUGACACGUAUAUCCAUCCUGGGCAGUUUGUAUGGUCUCGAUUCCGUGGUCUUUCAUCACCCACUGGAGACCAGCGCCCACCAACCCACGGAAAGCCACGCCCAUCAGUCGACGGAGAACUUUACACACGAACCGCCGGCCAAUUCGUCACGGGAUUUGAGAUCAUCGGAGCAACUAGGACUGAAACCUAAGGACCUUGGUUGGAGCCGCAGUGCCCCGUCCUCACCCCGCCUGCUCCAGCCUUCCGACCUGCCCCCUCCCUAUUCCUCUCUGCCGCCCUACCCUCCUCAACCUUUAGAGGUAGGGUUCCUCACUCACCCUCCUCCUCCUCCUCCUCCAGGCGACGCAGAACGAGGUUUUUCUUCCACAGUCGACGCCACGCUUCUGUGCCACCCGCCGUCUCUUCAGCCUUCGUCAGGACCAGUGUAGGCAUCGCCAAGACCUACCUUGGCAGACCUUCGUAUUCAGCAAAGUUUUGAGGUAGUUGGGAUACGCCAGAGGGAUCUAAUGGUGCUAUGGUGGCGUUUCUACUUUUUUUUGUUAGGACUUGAGACUUUUUGUCUUAAUUAUUGCCGGAUAAUACAAAACCUAUUCAUGAGUUUGGACCAGGGUUCUUCACAGUGCGGGUCGAGACCCAGUACUGGAGCGUAAGUUCAUUUUUAG